CCGCGAGUCAGUCUUUGUGUAGCGGUGGACGGGGGAGGACGCGCUUCUGGGACCUGCUGGCCAUAACCUUACGCAGUGAUCAUAAUAUCCUCAUUAACUCAACGCAGUUAGUGCCGUUAAUUGCGUUGAGUAUUACAAAUUAUCGAUAACACCGCGGAGUAGCUGCAGAAGGCGUUGUUAAGGGACCAGCGCCCCUCCUAGGCCUCCCAUCUUUGUAUAGGCCUAUGCGGUGAUGAUGUGUCGCUAACAUGGCGGAGAGCUCCCACGCAGAAGACUUCCCCCUCCUCGGCGACUCCCUCUCCCCCACACACACCUCCCCCGCCCCCCCAUGGCCAACGCCCCCGCCGCCUCCAGCCCCCCAGGACCCCCCCGCGCCCCCCUGGCCACCCGACCACCUCCACCACCCCCCGCACUGGGCCACGCCAAAGGGGGUCAGGUCACAAGCGAGUAUGGACAGCGGGUGUGACUGUGAUGAUUUGCCCCCCUCAACCCCCCAUCCCCCGCCCCCCCGUCACGCCCCCCACCGGUAUCCCCCCCCUGGGCUCUCCCCCUUGUCCCCCUCACAGCCGGGUGGAUCUGGCCCCCCCACCCCAGGCCCCAGUGAGGGUCCCACGCCCCCUGAUGGUGGUGGUGGCGGUGGUGGUGCGCCGCCCCCCUCGGCCAAGGUCACGUUCAGCUUCACUGGGGAUGACGAGGAGGAAGAGGACGAUGAUGACAGGUGCAGCAGUGUUCCGCCGGGCUUCAUCAUGUGUGGCGGGGGCAUGGGCAUGGCGGGCAUUGGACCUAUCAUCGGGGGGGGCAUGGGGGGCAUAGCGGGGGGCAUGAACGCCAUAGAGACAGCCUCCCUCAGCGGGUCAGAACCGGGGGAGGACUUCAAGGAGCAGCUCAGACACCACCCGGGGCACUCCUUCCCCAGGGUGCCAUCAUACCCCAGGCCAGGUGUCCUCUCGGCCUCCUCGUCCACCGCCUCCAUGCCAAUGUGCCGGAUUUGCCAUCACCCGCAAGGCGACGGGCUGGACACCUUGAUCUCGCCUUGCAGGUGUGCCGGGACCAUGCAGUUCAUACACCAGGGAUGCCUCAAUAAAUGGCUGGAGGUCAAACGAUGCAAGAAAGCGCCCGUCUGUGAGCUCUGCAAUUAUCAGUUCCACAGACACAAGAAGUUCAGGCUCCACCAUUGGCAGCUUCCGUCUUGCUCCAGGGCGGACAAGGUGUUACACUCCAUCUUCCUGGUUUGUUUGGUGGUCAUGGCAACCUGUGCAACCAUCACCAUCAUCUGCUUCAAACAGGACCGGCUCCCCCCCAAGAAGGACGACGCAGAGCUCACACAGUCAGAGGUCGUCACGCUGACCUGCGGCGUUCUCUUCUUCGUCGCAUUUUUCGUCGCAAUGUACGUUGAGGUGAAGGCGCGGAACACACUCUACCGCCUCUUCACGCGCUUCCUCUACCUCAACCAGACCUGGCACAUAGCGGAAUACGACAGGCGGAGGGACUCGCAGUUCAAUACGGCCGGGGGGAGCGGAGCGAGCGGAGGGAGUGGAGGAAACGGAGGAGGAGGAGGAGGGGGAGGGGGCAGGAUUGGUUUUAGGGAGGCCAGUGUUAGCCACCAGCCAGUUUAGCAGAGUGUGUGGGUGUGUGUGUGUGUGGGUGUGUGGGUGUGUGUGGGUGUGGGUGUGGGAGAGAGAAAGAGAGAGAGAGGGAAGUGUGUGUUUGUGAGAGAGAGAGAGAGAGAGAGAGAGGGAGGUAUAUGUCUGUGAGAGAGAGAGAGAGAGAGAGAGAGAGAGAGAGAGAGAGAGAGAGAGAGAGAGAGAGAGAGAGAGAGAGAGAGAGAGAGAGAGAGAGAGAGAGAGAGAGAGAGAGAAAACCAUGUGUGUAUAUAUGUGUGUGUGUGUGUGUGUGUGUGUGCGCGUGUGUGUGUACAUGUGUAUAUACGUAUAAAUAUCUAUAUAUAUGUAUAAAGGUUAAGGUUAUGUAGGUAUGUAAGUAAAUUAGUCCGUGUGCGCGUGUGUCCAUGUACGCGUGUGUGCGUUUUCCAUAUCAUGCCAUUUUCCUUUUCCAAUAUUUCUAAGGAGAGAGAGAGAGCGAGCGAGUGUGUACGUAUGUGUGUGUGUGUGUGUGUGUGUAUUUUCACAAACUCAAUAUUAACAUGACACACAGAGAGAGAGAGAGAGAGAGAGAGAGAGAGAGAGAGAGAGAGAGAGAGAGAGAGAGAGAGAGAGAGAGAGAGAGAGAGAGAGAA